UCAAACAAUGUCAAGUUGAUGUCUGUGAAAUAUUUUGAAGUUUCAUUUCAAUAGGACAAUUUUCUAAACCUGGUAUUCUGAUAAAACUACGAAGUUAUUGAAAGUCUUUCUUAACGUUUAAAAAAUCUACCUUGAAGCUUGCAACCGUGGCUUGCAAAACGAAAGGUGUUUAAAAACAAAGUGCACAAUCAGUUAACAAGCAGUGCUAAGCGACGUCUCCGUAGACAAAAACUCAGAGCUGAGAUAGAAAAAAUCAAACAAAAAGCAGCUAAAUAUAAAAGGAAGAAGGAAUCUAGAGAACGUAAAUUACUGCUCAAGAACUCCUUAGCAACGUCUGAAGAAACAGGAAAUGUUGAAGAAAUUGUGCUAAACCAAGAAGUUAAACAGGAAAAUAAAACAAAAAUGUCUUCAACUGAUAAUAAAUCUAGGGAAGAUGUUAUGGCGGCAAGGCAGGCUAAGAAGCUGGCCAAGCAGAAAGGCAAAACCAAGGAUAUAGCACCUGAACAAGUACAAAAACCAGCAGCCGAUGUCAAACCAAUAGAAACUCCAGUGAAACAAGAUGAAAAACCAACUAAAGCUGACCCAAAAGUAAAUUCUCCAAAAAGCAAAGAUGAAGUAGAUAAGGCCUGUCUGAGAGAAGAACAAGAAAUUGUUGCUGAUAAAAGCAAGGAUGAUAUUAAAGCUGAAAGAGCAGCCAAGAAGGCUGCCAAACAGGCAAAGAAGAAAGGUGCUAGUGAUGGUGGGGAUGCCCCACAAGCUAAACCUCAGAAAGAAACUGCACCACCAGCUAAUGAGAAUAUGACUGUCAAAGAUGUGGUGGAAACUUUAAGAGAUAUUGCCAAUGUCGCUAAAGAGAUCCAAGGUGUCACUGAUAAAGUUAUUGAUCUGGGUGCUAAAAAGGCUGAAGACAGUUCAAAGAGCAAGGCGGAGCUGAAAGCAGAGCGACGCGCUAAGCAAGAAGCACAGAGGGCAGCUAAGCAGGCUGCUCAAGAGAAAAUUGUGGCGAAGUCAAAGGCAGAGGCUAAAGCAGCACCAGAGAAAAGUGUUACUACUGCUAAAGUGGAAAAGGCAGUUAAACCGAAGUCCAGUGAGAAGCCGAAAGUCAAGUCUCAAAGCUCACACAGAGUAAACUGGUUCCAGCACUUAUACAAAGAGCAUGAUAAGGAGUCACUCAAGACCAUUGCUAUUAAUUCCAAUUUGCACCCAGCUAUUAUUAAGUUAGGCGUCCAGUUAGCUUCGCGGGUCGUGUCUGGAUCAAACGCAAGAUGUGUGGCGUUACUCGAUGCAUUAAAGAAGAUGGUACGCGAUUACACGCUCCCGGCCAAGACGGAGUUCGCGCGCGGUCUUGAGGCCCACCUGGCCUCCAGCCUGGACUUCCUGUGGGCCAUGCGCCAGCCCUCCGCCUCGCAGACCAACGCUGUCAAGUUCUUUAGAUAUCAUCUUACCCAGCUGCCGAAUAAUGUCGAUGAAUUUGAUGCAAAGAAGACUCUACAAGAGGAGAUAGACAGAUACAUCAGAGAGCAGAUAGACAUGGCUGGCGAGGCAAUCAGUAUCGCUGUACGGAACAAGAUCUCGAAUGGAGACAACAUACUCACAUAUGGAUGUUCGUCCCUGAUCGAGCGCAUCCUGCUGGACGCGUGGUCGAGCGGGCUGCAGUUCCGCACCGUGGUGGCGGGCAGCCGCGCGCAGCCCGCCGCCGCGCACAUGCUGCGCCGCCUCGUGGCCCGCGGCCUGCCCUGCACAUACAUAGACAUCACCGCCCUCGGCUUCAUCAUGAAUACUGUGAGCAAGGUGGUCCUGGGCGCGGGCGCGCUGCUGGUGAACGGGUCCGUGCUGGGCGCGGCGGGCAGCGCGCAGCUGGCGCUGGCGGCGCGCGCGCGCAACGUGCCCGUGCUCGUCGCCUGCGAGACGCACAAGUUCUGCGACCGCGUGCAGACCGACGCCUUCGUCUACAACGAGAUCGGUGACCCCGAUGACCUCAUCGACAAAUCAGACGAGAAUUCUCCUCUCAAGGACUGGCGGUCGAACCCCAACUUGACACCUCUGAACCUAACAUAUGACGUCACACCGCCGAGCCUCGUAACCGCUGUCGUCACAGAACUUGCCAUCCUGCCCUGUACCAGUGCACCCGUAGUACUGAGAUUCAAACUGUCCGAAUAUGGUGUGUAAAUAAGGAAAUUGAUACCAUAAAAGCCCUGGUUUGUUACUGCCAAUCAUGACAGAUGAUUCAUUAUUUUCUACAGUCUCACAAUGGAUAGUAUCCAGAAACUAGGAUUUAGUGUUGUCAAUGGUCAAAGACCUAUCGGCAGGACAGGAUACGCUACAUGUAAAUUUUUUCGACUAAAUUGAGUACCGUAAUUUAAUUUAAUGUGUUGUUCACCUUUGUAUCUAAGAGUGUGAAAUUUCAUCUGCAGUUAGACAAAUUGAAUUCACCAUUGCUAUCAAAGCUUGUUAUAACUUAAAGGUAAAAAAGCCAAGUAACCAGAAAUUAUUGUAAUUGUUCGCAAUAUGCACUUUUCUUGUUUGUCUACAAUGGGACAAAGCUGAUUCAAUACUUUUAAUAAUCUCAGUUCAAGGAAAGGAUAUUUUUUUUUUUAUAGACACACAUUUGUGAUGUAGCAAACAUGAUGAACAAUGAUUAUUUUAUAGAAGAAUAAUGUCCAUAAUGCAUUCUUGUUCCAUGUCUAACACAUUUAUAUUGAAUGCCCCAUUUUAAACAGUCAACUUUUGUCUUGUUUGCUUAUUCUGGUAUAUUUCAAGAGUUUCUAAUAAUUUCAAUCUUUGAUACAUACAUAGCCUUAGAUUAUUUGAAUUAUAGGAAUCUGUAAAUAAACAUAACGGGAUAAAAAAUGUGCUCAAAAUAUGUAGUUAAUUACUAUGAUAUUGUAAAUAAAUAAAAUAUUAUGCAUUUUUAAUGCCCGCUAAUAAAAAUUCCUAGCAAAAGAA